CCCGGAGGUACAGCUUCCGUGAAAAGACUUACACGGAUCCCUAAGUUGUAGUUGUUCCGUGCACACUGCACAACCAGAUGUCCGAAGAAUCGGGUUUGAGCGCCAUUCUCGAAGAAAUUCUCCAGGCGCACUUAUCAUCACCAAAUGACUCAUCUUACGAGAGUGCUAAAGCGAAACUUGCUCAAGAACGCAGACAUAUAGGCCACAAUUCACGCCUGGUGAAGGUUCUGAGUUACGAAAAGCUCAUCUUAGUCCUGGCUCUCGUACUUCUUCCCCUCGGUCGUCACUUCCGUGGACGGCGGGAGUUUUCUGUUGUUUGGCUGGAGAAAUCUAUUGAAACAGUAAUGGGGCUAUACCUUCGAUUUAUUGUGUCGCAGAUUGAUACCAUGAAGAAAUUAGCGUCCGACGACGAUUUCCCAGAUUACAAGACUGUAAAUGCCACCCUAGAACAGGCUGAUGAUGAUGGUCCCGAGGGUGCCGAAGCUCAGAGACAAAUUGGCCUAUGGAAAAUGCAGAUCACUAACUCGCAAGACAUAUCAAACCUUGCGGUUUUUGAUGAUGUAUUCGAUAAGAUCGAUACUUGUGCCGAGGACGUAUUUAGUACAUGUAUUCACACUGACAUAGGUGAGAAGACCAAUGCGUACCUAGGCGCCUUGAAACACUACCGUCACAAGAUCACAACAAUUUUGCGAAAAAAAUGGUUGGAAGAGAGCAACGACGCCAUAGAGGCAAACGAUGUCAUGCGACGAUAUGACAAGAUAACAGCUCGUAUUGCUGUGUGGUUGUCACCUCAGGAUGAUGCAAGCAAUGCACCCAUUCCCCUGUUGUCUGCUUGGCUGCUAGACUAUGCAUGGUCGUCUCUCAGUGUCGUGAAGGAAGGGGUAAUUGAAAUUUGCAGGUGGUUCGAGCCCCUUCUCGAGUAUUACCCUGCUCUUCAUGUCAAGAGCCACGAGAUGGACGACAAAUCAGAGGUAAUGAUCCACAAUGUCGUAAACCAUGUAGUAAGGAUCUAUGCACCAGAUGCAGAUAUACAGCUAUGUCAUUUCUUGUGGGAGCGCCGAAACACUCUGUUACUCCACCUUCACAACACGAUGUCGACAAUCAGCCAGGAGGAGACUCAACAGGACCGUCCCAAAGACAUGGUGCAGGUCAAUAUCGCUUUCGACAAACUUCCAAGAGAUGAGAAACGAGUAUUUGAACAACUUCUUGUGUCAAUGAAGAACAUUUCGAAAGGGAACUUAUGCUUUAGCCAGAGCAGGGGUACCUAUGCUAUGCGUGUCACGAAAUGGAGGUGGCGAGACAAGACACUGAAGAAUGCAAAACGUGACAUCGAACCCUUGGUCAAGGCAGUAUUGCUCGAACUACGAAAAGCAAGGGAAUACAGAACUGUGAUCUUGGCGGACUCCAUUAUCGCUGGCCUCAGAAAGCAACUCGAGCAUAUUCUCGUUCAAAUGAUGAAACCGAACUUUCACUUUCGACUUAGUGACAAAUUUGCGACGAGUAUAAUGUGGCAGUGGUGGGACGACAUAGAGAUUCCCAAGGGUGUCACUCCCAUUACGUCUGCUAACAUAGACGAAGCCUUCAAGUCAAAGCUGCAACAGAUUCAGCUAGAGCAACGGGAUCAGGAUGCGAUAAAAGAGCUUGUCACAUACGUCAAACAUAUGACUUGUGCCCAAGCAACAACUGAAAAGGAUAGCGCGUUGAAUUUGGAGGUUGCCAAGACGUUGAAUGCCCUUGUACAUGCUCUCAAAUCCAACAGCACUCGUCUCCAUAACUGUAGCAUGGCAAUGGAUUCAGAUUUGUCUUGUGAUGUCAGGGUGGCCGUUCAAUUCAAGAUUCCCAAAACAAAGGACCAGAUUCAUGCAACCACUCUAGAGCCCCAGAUUUCUGGCCCUUCCUCAAAACGUCACCGAUCAACCACCGUCUCUGAAUCGCCUGGCGCAAUGAAGAAAAGGGCUCGCAGCUCUCCCUUUACUAUUUCUGACUCUGAUGAGGAUCUCGUUGGUUGACUCUUAUGCCAUUCUUCAUAUGGUUUUACUGUUUUGUCAGAGUUUCUCUGCAUGCGGCUUUUGUAUAACUCAUCACUAAACUUUUUAAUUCAAUCACGUACUAGUAUAUAACCAUCCUUGUUGAUAAUUUCAUGAUCAUGCGGAAUUUUGGCGAGUGAUCCUGCCUCUUUUGGAUCAACGAGAGAACGACAGCGGCACAUGUUACUUACCUUAAGUCUCUGCAGUGAUUGGCCAUCACUGCGCCGCACGA